UAUAUCCGUGUUCAGUUACUCGCGAUAUGUCAACGAUAUUGGAUUGUAGUUAAAUAGAAAUUUUAAUCGUAAAUUCUUUUUGGGUGUUUGCUGUUUUGGAAAACUCCAAUUAAAUAAAAUUCAUUCUUCUAUGGUACAAAAGUCUUCCGCAUUACAUAAGAAUGAGUGACAUAGUCACCGCAAUCAAACGAUUUUUUCAUUGGGGUCCCAUUACGGCUAUCGGAAUAAUUAAAUGUAUAACCGUUACAACUCUGUACAUGAAUUCGAUGUGGUGGCCACCAAAUACGUUGGGCGGUUUCUUGAAUCAAAAUUUAUUUUUGAUUUUGUCUGCCUUAGCAUCAAUAAAUUAUGUGAUGGCCCUUGUGUUGGGACCGUCGUUUUUGCCGCCGAAGUGGAGACCAGAGGAUAAAAGUACUGAAGAAUUUUUACAGUUUUGUACUAUUUGCGAAGGAUUUAAAGCUCCCCGAUCACAUCAUUGUAGAAAAUGUGGAAAAUGUGUCAAGAAAAUGGAUCAUCAUUGUCCAUGGAUCAACACAUGCGUUGGCUGGGGAAAUCAUGCAUACUUUACAUGUUUUCUCGGAUUUUCGGUUUUAGGCAGCAUACAAGCCAGUUAUAUAUUAUGUGCCUCAUUCUAUCGCGGCAUCCAUCGAUCUUGGUUCAUUUACAACGGACAACAGUACUUGGCAACUGUUCAUUUCGGACUUCCCAGCUUAGUGUUUUGUGUAUUCAGUCUUGGACUGGCUGUGGGCGUAGUGAUAGCUGUCGGAAUGCUACUCGCUUUUCAAAUACGUUCGAUUGUACGAAAUAGAACCGGCAUCGAGGAUUGGAUUUUGGAAAAGGCGAAAUACCGACGCGAGGACAGUGGCGAAGAGUUCAUAUUCCCGUACGAUUUGGGCUACAAGCGAAACAUUCAACAAGUAGCUAGUUGGAGCUGUGCACCGAUCGGCGACGGUAUCGUUUGGCAGAUAAACGACAAAUGUGAUCAGUAUACGUUAACGAGAGAGCAAAAAGCUCAGAAAGCAGAGAAGAGAGCACGAACACGUACUUAUUCAAUUGUGAAAAAAGUCAGUGGUAGCUGGAUACCAUUAUGGUCUCAAGGUUUUUCAGUGUGUUUGAGUCCACCUUGUACGGACGAACCGCGAAUCAAAUUAGAACCCGGCGAUAUGGUGAAAGUAACACGCUGGAAAAAGCACUGGUUGUUUGGUGACAAAAUCAGCAAAACGAAAAAUGGAUACGAGACAGAGCUGGUUAGCAAUACAUCGUCGAAGAAAAUACGAUGCCGAGGCUGGUUCCCCCGUAAAUGUGCCGUCGAAUUGGUUGAACCAGAGUCGAGCGAGCAUCAAGAGCAUUUCAGUAACAAAAAAGUAGAUUAAGUCGCAACGUUCACAUCGACACAUCGUUCACAUUUAUUUGUCUUCAGUCCUCCAAUUUUUAAUUAUUUUGAAAUUAAAGACUAAUUGAAACCGAC